CCUCGUGCUCUGCCUCAGCGUUUCUGGUAUCUGACUGCUCGGCUGGUAACGACUCCACCGCCUGUCCUCGUUUACCCUCCUGCCUGCUCCCCUUCGGUGCCUCUGCCUUCGGACUGCUCAUCUGGCUACGACCCCCCCACCUGCCUCCGACCACUCCUCUGCUCUCUCCCCGUCGGCACCUCCACACGUGCAGCCGGCUCUUCGGACCACGGAGCUUCCUCCUCAUCGUCAUCGGCUGAAAUCAUAUGUGAUGCAGCCCACAUCAUAACCAAUGUGAAGGCCAAGUGGCCUGGGUCUGUGCAUGACUCACGGAUAUAUCGAGAGUUUGAUGGCUUUCUGCUGGGUGACAGGGGUUACCCGUGCCAGCCUACGUUACUGACCCCUUACCCUGACCCAGGCCCCCAACAGAAGUUCAACCAGGCCCAUUGCAGGACGAGAGCCAGGGUGGAGAUGACCAUAGGCCUGCUGAAAGCCUGUUUCCAGUGCCUACGUCACCUCAAGGUAACCCCUGAGAGGGCCUGUGACAUUAUUGUGGCAUGUGUUGUUCUCCAUAAUAUUGCCACAAUUAGGGGAGAACAACACCCUGCCCUACAAAUGGAAGACCCUGAUGACAACCCCAUCCACCCUGCAGACAUCCAGGAUGGAAGAGCAGUCAGAGACAUCAUAUGCCAGAAUCACUUCACUGUUUAAAUCACAAU